CGUGAAGGGAGAAUCUGGAGUUCACUCAGUCACCCUCACGUCACGCCCUUCUAUGGUUGGGCGUUGGAGGUGUCUGACUAUGACGUGCGAGCGUGCUUCGUCUCCCAGUUUUGCUCUCGGAGGGACUUGCCUCAAUAUUUGCGCACAGAACCUGGUGCCUCGAAAAGUCGAUUGAUCCACGAAAUUGCCACAGGACUCAUGUACCUUCAUGAGAAGGGUGUUGUUCACGGGGACAUCAAGCCGACCAAUGUUCUAGUCACAUAUGAGGGCAGCGCCAUGCUUUGUGAUUUCGGGCUCUCGAUGGCCCUGGAGGAUACUUCAACUCACCCUCAAGGCAGCAGCCGGAACACAACACCGGAAUUCUCUGCCCCUGAAUUGAUUCUGUUUGAUAGUCGUGAUCCCCCGCCUCGUAGCAAGAGCACUGACGUCUGGGCCUUCGGUUGUACAGCGAUGCAAGUAAGCUAUAAUCCAUUACCAUGUUACUCCACCCAGGACUGA